GGCACAGUAUACAAUUUCCCAUUGAGUCCAGUUUGAAGCGCGCAUCGCACUAUCUGGGUGCUGCAUCCUAAACAUGUCUGACACAGAAGAAGCCCAGUACGAGGAACAAGAGACCUCGGAGGAAAAUGAUGCAGAUGAGACAAAGCGCAGGUUAAAGUCUGGUUUUGUGCCUGGUUUGGCUCCUCCAAAAAUCCCAGAUGGAGAAAAAGUGGACUUUGAUGACAUUCAUCGAAAAAGAAUGGAGAAGGACAUGACUGAGCUCCACACUCUGAUCGACGUUCACUUUGAGAAGCGCAAGAAGGAGGAAGAGGAGCUUAACAACCUCACAGAUCGCAUUGAGACACGCAGGUCAGAGAGAGCAGAUCAGAUGAAGAUCAGAGCUGAGCUAGAAAAAGAGCGGCAGAACAAACAAGCUGUAGAGAAAGCGAGAAAAGAAGACGGGGAGGCGAAGAAGAAAGCAGAGGUUGAUGCAAGGAAGAAGAUGAUUCUGUCCAACUUGAGUUUCACUGGAUACAAGCAAACACAGCCUGGGGGUAAAAAACCAACAGAAAGAGAGAAGAAGAAGAAGAUCCUAAAUGAACGGCGCAAAGAGUUAAAUAUUGAUCACAUGAAAGAGGAGAAACUCAGGGAAAAAGCCAAGGAACUCUUUGAAUUGUUGCACCAGCUGGAGUCAGAGAAGUUUGACCUGCAGUACACGCAGGCUAAGCAGAAGUAUGAGGUCACGGUGCUGAGAAACCGAGUCAGUGAUCAUCAGAAAGUUGGAGGGGAUCCGAAAGCUACCAAGCAUUCAAAGAGCAUCAGAAGCAAGCGGGGCCUGAGGAAAUAACAUGUGACGACAACAGGAAGGAAACUGCCAGACCUGACAUUUAAUGACAAUAAAAUCAACCCCAUAAUGUGUUUUUUUCUAAAUACUUGAAAAUGCAAGAACAAAACAACAAAUUCUCUUAAAUAUUCUAUCUGUGAAUCAGUGUGCUGAGUACAUCCGCAGGAAUUUAGAGGUUAUGAUUAGACUGAUGUGUUACGGCUUGUGUGUAUUAAAGUGGGAUUUGACAGGAGGUAUGUGAUUUCUGAAAUGAAAGUAUGACAAUAGAACAUCAUUUACAAUGUACUCCUAGUUCUAAGACUUAAUCUGUCAUUUUUAGAGUACUAAAAGUAAGAUUGAGUAAUAAGUUCUUGUGUGAUCAAUUUUGUGGUUGGAAUAAAUAAAAAAAAAACGUCUUUAUUUUAAAUAAGAGAAACAGUGUCUUCUUUAUUUUUAAGGCUUUGUUUCCUUCACUUGUGGGAAUUUCAAGAUGAGCAUCACCUUCAUGGUAAUUAUAAUUAGCCACACCUUCUUUAAAAAGCCAAAUUGCCUUCUUUAAAUCCAGGCAGCCUUGAUGUUUGCCCACAGUAAUACCGGUCCUCUAACACACACAUCAAUCUUUCAGUGAAAAAUGUAAUCACUUUGAUACCUCAUACAUUUAAGCAUGACUGCAGAAAUUCUUCCUGACUAUUGGGUGGAUUACAUGCUCAAAUGUGGAGGACCAAAGUUAAAGUUAA